GAUGGCUCGAUGAUCUCAGCACUUGAGAGCAAAGUGAAGCACGCGCAGUGCUUCGAUGUGGCGCUUGUUGAGGACGGGUCGGUGGUGCUUGCAAGCAAGGAUUAUCGUCUGUACCUGUAUCGCUAUCACACAGCAUCGGUACCAGGAUCGAGCAGUAGCGGUAGCAGUCCGCCGUAA